AUGGUAGGACCUGAAGGAGACCGACCUUGCGGUGUCUCGGACACAGAUGUGGUGGACAUUGACCUGCAUUUCGGCCGCCGGGGCGGCCGCAAGCUGCUGCAGACCACGACAGGCUGCCUGACGGCCGACAACCACUGCCUGUUCACGGCCUACGGCAUCAGCUUGGGGUUGGAUGAGAAGGGCUUGACGUUUGGAGGCGUGAAGGCGCCCUCCACCUAUUCCACCACCGGCUGGGCUACGCUGCUGCCCGGAGACAGCUUCGAGGUGUGUGUGGAGACCAACAACACGGACCCCGCGAUCUGGCUCUACGCCAAGGACCUGUCCAGCGAGGGCCCUUUCUGCCCGCCCACAGAGGGCGACGACAUGCCGGAAGGCUACGCGGACAGCGAGAAGUUCUGCCUGAACGGCCGGGAGCCGCACAUCGUGAUCAAGAACACGCGCCUGCCGACACCGUACAAGGACAACUUUACUGGCGUGGUGAGCACCACGUGCGCCGGACUGGGGUCUUGCUACGGCGAGGCCACGUUCUACGAGCUCAAACUGCCCAGCAAGUGGACCCUGCCGUGCCCAAGGGACUAG